CAGCACUUCCGCUGAAUUGGCCACCAACUGUCAUGGUGGCUUCCGCUCGGUCUCUUUCUUGUUGACAACGUGAAUACGUGAGCACUCAACAAAAUGGUUCAGCGUUUGACUCUGCGACGCCGGUUGUCCUACAACACAAAGUCAAACAGGAGACGUGUAGUUCGCACUCCAGGCGGUCUGCUGGUGUAUCAGUAUGUGAAGAAGCGCCGUAAUGUGCCGAAGUGUGGCCAGUGCAAGGAGAAGCUAAAGGGCAUCCGCCCGACGCGCCCCAGCGAGCGCCCCCGCAUCUCUAAGCGCCAGAAGACUGUCCGCCGCACGUACGGAGGUGUCCUGUGCCACCGAUGCCUGCGCGAGCGUAUUGUGCGAGCCUUCCUCAUCGAGGAACAGAAGAUCGUGGUGAAGGUGCUGAAGGCCCAGAAGGCGUCCCAAAAGGCCGCGGCAAAGGCGAAAUAAUCUGUACAAUCCAGACUCCUAAUAAACCUCCAACAUAAGGUUAA